AUGGAACAAAGUGGAAACUAUCACAGACAUAUUCUCGCAGCUCUACAGGCGAUCGCUUUGAGGUCAGGAGGUGUUGUGGAUAAAGAUCUCAGGCAGUAUCUCAACCUGCGUUUCCAGAAGGGCUCUUUGGACCAUGAGCUGCAACAAAUAAUUCGGGACAACCUCUAUCUUCGUACGGUACCCUGUACAACCAGACAGCCUAAAGAAGGAGAGGUUCCGGGAGUAGACUACAACUUUGUGACCGUUGAGCGGUUUGUGGAAUUGGAGAGAAGUGGAGCUUUGCUGGAAAGUGGAACUUAUGAAGAUAACUAUUACGGCACCCCGAAGCCCCCGGCAGAGCCCAGCCCACUGCUGCUGAAUGUAGCUGAGCAGCUGUUGCCAGGCGCUACACCCAGAUCACAGGGCAAACGCAGACGUAACAAGUCCGUCAGCAACAUGGAGAAGGCUGGCAUCGAGCCGCCCGAAGAGGAAGAGGAGGAGAGGCCCGUCAUCAACGGCAACGGAGUGGCCAUCACCCCAGAGUCCAGUGAACAUGAAGACAAGAGUACAGACGCCUUAGGAGAGAUGCCCACCACAUUCCCCUCCGAGACUUCCACAGAUGCCCCUGAAGAAGAGACAGAACCACCAAAAUCACCGCUCAAACUGGACGAGAAUGACGAGUUGGAUCCUCUGCCAGAUAACUGGGAGAUGGCUUACACUGAGAAAGGAGAAGUGUACUUUAUAGACCACAAUACGAAGACGACGUCCUGGUUGGACCCCCGGCUUGCGAAGAAAGCGAAGCCCCCUGAAGAAUGCAAAGAGAACGAGCUUCCUUAUGGCUGGGAGAAAAUCGAUGACCCUGUUUAUGGAACCUACUAUGUUGAUCACAUAAACCGAAGGACUCAGUUUGAGAAUCCAGUUCUAGAGGCCAAGAGAAGAUUGCAACAGCAGCAGCAGAUGCAGAGUCAGGGCUUGUCCUCUCUCCCCCUGCCUACAGUCUACAGAGAGAAGCCUCUGUUCACGCGGGACCCCACGCAGUUGAAGGGCAGCUUUCUGUCUACAGCCCUACAGAAAAGCAACAUGGGAUUUGGCUUCACUAUCAUCGGUGGUGACGAACCAGAUGAGUUCUUACAGGUCAAAAGUGUCAUACCGGACGGGCCUGCUGCACAGGAUGGGAAAAUGGCUACAGGAGAUGUGAUUGUCUACAUUAAUGACGUCUGUGUCCUGGGCACCACCCACUCUGAUGUGGUGAAGCUUUUCCAGUCAGUGCCAAUCGGACAAAGCGUAACCCUCGUCCUUUGCAGGGGUUACCCUCUUCCGUAUGACCCGGAGGACGCAGCCAGCACUUUGCUGUCCCCCCUCAGUCUAAUUGAUCGCCCUCUGCUGGUCAACGGACGGAAUAGCUAUGACAGCUACAUGGAGUACAUCUCCCGCACCGCUCGCUUCGUUGACCCAAUCCAAACGAUGUUGGUGCACCCUCACCCUGGAGACACCCACCUGGACGCCGGACUGCUGGAGGACAGUGUCUCAGUGGCGUCGUCAGGGGCGGCCGGAGGAGAGCUGCUAACAGUUACCAUGGUGAAAGGGGCGGAUGGGUUUGGAUUCACCAUAGCAGACAGUAAUGGAGGACAGAGGGUGAAGCAGAUUCUGGAGGCGCAGGGGUGCCCGGGGCUGUGCGAGGGCGAUCUGAUUGUGGAAAUUAACCAGCAAACCGCGCUAACGCUGUCACACACACAGGUGGUGGAGCUGCUAAAAGAGUGUCCUGUUGGAGCUGAGGCCACGUUGGUUGUGCAGAGAGGACGGGCAGAGCCAGGGCUUCCUCGAGGAGCUCUCCUAGCUGACCCUUCCGAGUUCCAGGAGGUGGAGGUGCACUUGCGCAGACAGAAGUCCGGUUUUGGCUUCAGGAUCCUGGGCGGAGAGGAACCAGGACAGCCUGUGAGUCCGGAGGUUCAGGAGAAGGCCCUUUCCGUAUAUAGUUUAAAGAGAGUCUGUAGUAACCGUGCUGUACAUUUACAGAUCUUGAUUGGUGCAAUCAUCGAGAAGAGCCCAGCAGAUAAAGACGGGCAUCUCCGGCCAGGAGACGAGCUGAUGUCAGUCGAUGGGAUCCCUGUGGCUGGAAAACCCCACCGUUACGUCAUUGACCUCAUGCACGGGGCGGCCCGGACUGGGCAGGUUAAACUCACUGUGCGACGGAGAAUUCAGUCCACAGGUGAACACUGUCCAGAGAAUGGCCGCAGUCCUGGAUCGACCCAGCACAGUUCCCCGAGGAGUGACUUCAACUCCAAAAUGUUCUAUAACAACUCCGCCCCCUUGCAAAACUCUGCCCCAUCCACCACAGGCUCCUCCCCACCAGACACUGUAGCCAAUCACAAUCUGCAGUCUAGUGAUGUCACCAUCCAGCGCAAGGAGAGCGAAGGGUUCGGAUUCGUUAUUAUCAGUUCACUGAACAGGCCUGAAUCUGCGGCUGCUGCUGCCGUACCCCAUAAGAUUGGCCGGAUCAUUGAGGGAAGUCCAGCAGACCACUGUGGGAAGCUCAGGGUUGGAGAUCGUAUUUUGGCCGUCAACAAUCAGUCUAUCGUCAACAUGCCACACGCCGACAUCGUCAAACUGAUCAAGGACGCGGGACUCAGCGUCACACUCAGGAUCAUCCCUCAGGAGGAGACAAACAGCACGCCUUCUGCAGGCAGCUCAGAGAAGCAGAGCCCUAUGGCCCAGCCCAGUCCAGUUUGCCAACCCAGCACUGUGAGCCAGACGGGUGCUGCCCAUCCACCCAACUCCACCCCUCAACCCAACUCUGCACUUCAGCCCGGCCCCAUAAUGCAGCCUAGUUCAGAAGCACAACCGAGCCCUGUCACUCAAACCAGCCCAGCUAAUCAGCCCAGCUCAGUGACCCAACAGAACCCGCCCACCCAGCCAUCCGCAGUGCCAGUACAGAUCUACAGCCAUGACACCAGGUCAGAGGUGAAAGCAAGACAGGAUGUAAAACCUGAUAUUCGGCAGCCGUUCACUGACUACCGGCAGCCCCCGGUGGACUACCGACACCCUCCUGUAGCAGACUACCGACAACCACCAACGCUCGAUUAUAGACACCCCCCGCUGCUGGACUACAGACAGCUGUCCACUGACCCUCGCACCUUCCCCUUACCCGACUACAGGAUGCCACAGGUUGGUGAUCAGAUCAUUGAAAUAAAUGGGGAGAGCACGAGGGAUAUGACCCACGCUCGGGCCAUUGAACUCAUCAAAUCGGGUGGCCGUAGAGUUCGCCUGCUGCUCAAGAGAGGCACAGGGCAGGUCCCUGAGUAUGGUAGGUUUACACAGACUGUCUGA